ACGCAAUCCCACAGCCUUCUGGGAAGCGUAGUUUAUGUGUUCUCCAACUGGGGAAAGACUUAGGGCUGUGGACUACCCCUCCCGUGAGGUAGUGCGUAACUCCACCCCGUUCGCGGCGUCUUCGAACGCGCCGCGGCAGCCAUGUUGGACGCGGCCAGCACAGGGGCCGGCACCACGGGGUUAUCGAAGCAGCUGUCACGAUGCUGGGGUCCCUGGUGUUGAGGAGAAAAGCACCGGCGCCACGGCUGCUCCUCCGGCUACUCAGGUCCCCAGUGCUCCGGGGUCAUGGAGGUGCUUUCGGCCGGAAUGUGACCACUGGGGGUCUCGGGGAGCCUCAGUGGCUGAGGGCAGCCGCCGGGGGGCGCUCUGGAACAUCGCCGGCCUUGUUCUCCGGACGCGGGGCAGCCACUGGGGGGCGCCAUGGAGGACGCUUCGAUACCAAAUGCCUCGCGGCUGCCAUUUGGGGACACCUUCCUGGCCCUGAAGAAACACUCCCAGGACAGGACAGCUGGACCGAGGUCCCCAACAGGGCCGGACUGGGCAUGUGGGCCCUGGCCACAGCGCUGGUGGUUCAUUGCUACAGCAAGAGUCCGUCCAACAAGGAUGCAGCCCUGAUGGAAGCUGCCCGUGCCAACAAUCCGCAAGAAGUCAGCAGACUGCUGUCAGAAGGCGCAGAUGUCAAUGCAAGACACAGACUUGGCUGGACAGCACUCAUGGUGGCAGCCAUCAACCGAAAUGACAGUGUGAUACAGGUCCUGCUUGCCGCCGGGGCUGAUCCAAACCUUGGAGACAAUUUCAGCAGUAUUUACAAGACUGCCAAGGAACAGGGAAUCCAUUCUUUGGAAGAUGGGGGACAGGACGGUGCAAGCUGGCGCAUCACAAACCAGUGGACAAGUGCCUUGGAGUUCAGGAAGUGGCUAGGACUCCCCGCUGGCGUCCUGGUCACCCGAGAGGAUGACUUCAACAACAGGCUGAACAACCGUGCCAGCUUCAAGGGCUGCACAGCCCUACACUACGCUGUCCUUGCUGACGACUACCGCACUGUCAAGGAGCUGCUUGAUGGAGGAGCCAACCCCCUGCAGAGGAAUGAAAUGGGACACACACCCUUGGAUUAUGCCCGAGAAGGGGAAGUGAUGAAACUUCUGAGGACUUCUGAAGCCAAGUACCAAGAGAAGCAGCGAAAGCGUGAGGCUGAGGAGCGGCGCCGCUUCCCCCUGGAGCAGCGACUGAAGGAGCACAUCAUUGGCCAGGAGAGCGCCAUUGCCACAGUGGGUGCUGCGAUCCGGAGGAAGGAGAAUGGCUGGUACGAUGAAGAACACCCUCUGGUCUUCCUCUUCUUGGGAUCAUCUGGAAUAGGAAAAACAGAGCUGGCCAAGCAGACAGCCAAAUAUAUGCACAAAGAUGCUAAAAAGGGCUUCAUCAGGCUAGACAUGUCCGAGUUCCAGGAGCGACACGAGGUGGCCAAGUUUAUCGGGUCCCCACCAGGCUACGUUGGCCAUGAGGAGGGUGGCCAGCUGACCAAGAAGUUGAGGCAGUGCCCCAAUGCCGUGGUGCUCUUUGAUGAAGUAGACAAGGCCCAUCCAGAUGUGCUCACCAUCAUGCUGCAGCUGUUUGAUGAGGGCCGACUGACAGAUGGAAAAGGGAAGACCAUUGAUUGCAAGGACGCCAUCUUCAUCAUGACCUCCAAUGUGGCCAGCGAUGAGAUCGCACAGCACGCGCUUCAACUGAGGCAGGAAGCUUUGGAGAUGAGCCGUAACCGUAUUGCCGAAAACCUGGGAGAUGUCCAGAUAAGUGACAAGAUCACCAUCUCAAAGAACUUCAAGGAGAAUGUGAUUCGCCCUAUCCUGAAAGCUCACUUCCGGAGGGAUGAGUUUCUGGGACGGAUCAAUGAGAUCGUCUACUUCCUCCCCUUCUGCCACUCAGAGCUCAUCCAACUCGUCAACAAGGAACUAAACUUCUGGGCCAAGAGAGCCAAGCAAAGACACAACAUCACGCUGCUCUGGGACCGUGAGGUGGCAGACGUGCUGGUCGACGGCUACAACGUGCACUAUGGCGCCCGCUCCAUCAAACACGAGGUAGAGCGCCGUGUGGUGAACCAGCUGGCAGCAGCCUAUGAGCAGGACCUGCUACCAGGGGGCUGCACUCUGCGCAUCACAGUGGAGGACUCAGACAAGCAGCUGCUCAAGAGCCCAGAACUGCCCUCACCCCAGGCUGAGAAGCGCCUCCCCAAGCUGCGGCUGGAGAUCAUCGACAAGGACAGCAAGACUCGAAAACUGGACAUCCGGGCACCACUGCACCCUGAAAAGGUGUGCAACAUCAUCUAGCAGCCACCUGCCUGCCUAUAUGCACCCUCACCAUCCAAUAAAAGCCCCUCGGCUGUGGCACGGUGACUCACCUAUCUUCCCCUCAUGCCUUUCCCGUCUCUACCCAGCCUAAGGCCUGCUUACCUCCUCACAGCCCCUGAAGACCCCACCUCAGCCCCAAAACCUGAAGGAGGAAUUUUGCCCUACUCUGGCCCCUUUGUUGUGGGCCCAUAACCUGCUAACGAGCCUUCAGGAGAGGAGCUGCCUUUCCACCCCUUCAAGGCAAGGGGGAGGGAGGUCCCUUAUUUCCUUCAGAAUGAUCCCCAUCCCCCAUAGUUGCUGGACUUUCUUAUGUUCCCAGGAAGCUCAGAAGUAUGGCAGCUAAUAACACAGCUGGCUGGAAGAAGACAGGGACCAGACUGUGAACUGCCACCCUCUGCCAGCCCUCAUGCAACUCAGUCCCCAGAAUGGCUUCACUGGUAGUGGGGGAAGAGUUCGGAGGCCCAGGUGCAGAUGGGUCUGCAAUUUAGUCUGUAGCCUCCUCGUUCCAUACCCUAAAAUUCUAAGAGAAGGGACCCAUAGAACCUUGCCUGUUUCCAUUACUGUAUUAUGCCCACUGUUCCUCCCCACCCCAUGUCCUGGGGUCAGGCCAGACCAUGUUUCUUCAGCCUUGGGGACUAGGCCAGUGUUGGACACCUCUAGGAGGAGGCCUGACUGGUUCAUUACCCUCCCCUACUCGAACGGAGCAGCAGUCCCAGAUAAGCAAGCAAGCUCAGCUCUGUGGGGACUCCUUCAAAAGACUAACAUCACAGACAUUAGGAAGCUGUAGGGAGAGAGAUCAUAGGUUUGACCUCUGCCCACGUGGCCAUACAGUUGGCCUCAGCCCUGUCUGUACAGCUUUUCUAAAUGAACCUGGAAUAAAUAUGCAGUUUAUUCAGUC